UUAGUGAGAGGGGAACCAGGAUUUUAAUGUAAAGCUAGACCGCAUGCCAAGCAAAGGAACCAGGAUUGUAAUGUAAAGCAAGCUGCUUGAGGCAGUGGAAUUUUCCACAGCCUUGGGACCUCUGUCUUAUACGUCAGGCAUUGUCAGAGUGGCCUACCACUCCUAAAAGAAUCGGGACACGGCUGCACUCUUCACUGUAGGCAAGCCUAGGAUCAACGUAGAAAGUCCUGUACGACAACGUUCUUCGGCCAGAGCCGGCGCCUCGCUCUUGUCGGUCUGGACUACAUUUCCCCCAAGUUCCUGCGGCCCACUCAACUUCCGGCGCAUAGCUGGGGGGAACUCUCCCCCUUCUCGUUUUUUAAGAAACAUGGCUCCCUGGGUGCUGCUCUUCUCAGAGAGGUCCCAGAAGAGGAGAAGGAGGAAUGGCUGUUGACCACGCCACGUACAAGGGAUCAGUGAUGUUCAGUGAUGUGUCUGUAGACUUCUCUCAGGAGGAGUGGGAAUGCCUGGACCGUGCUCAGAGGGACUUGUACAGAGAUGUGAUGCUGGAGAAUUACAGCAAUAUGGCUUCAAUGGGAGUUUACAUUCCUAAGCCUCAAGUGAUCUCCUUAUUGGAACAAGGGAAAGAGCCCUGGAUGGUUGGCAGAGAGCUGACAAGAGGCCUUUGUUCAGAUCUGGAAUCAAUGUGUGAAACCAAGUUAUUAUCACUAAAGAAGGAAGUUUAUGAAAUAGAAGCAUGCCAGAAGGAGAUAAUGGGCCUUACAAGACAAGGCCUUGAGUACUCCAGUUUUAGAGAUGUUUUGGACUAUGGAAUCCACGUUGAAAAACAACUGGGAUAUUUCAGUCAAGAAAUAUUAACUCAUGAGUACAUGCCCAGAUUUAUUCAACACACUUUCCUUACUCUACAUCAAAUAAUUAAUAAUGAAGAGAAACCCUAUGAAUGUAAGAAAUGUGGAAAGGCCUUUAGUCAGAACUCACAGUUUAUUCAACAUCAGAGAAUUCAUAUUGGUGAAAAAUCUUAUGAAUGUAAAGAGUGUGGGAAAUUCUUUAGCUGUGGCUCACACGUUACUCGACAUCUGAAAAUUCAUACGGGUGAAAAACCCUUUGAAUGUAAGGAAUGUGGAAAGGCCUUCAGUUGCAACUCAUACCUUUCACAACAUCAGAGAAUUCAUACUGGUAAGAAACCCUAUGAAUGUAAGGAAUGUGGAAAGGCCUUUAGUUAUUGCUCAAAUCUUAUUGACCAUCAGAGGAUUCACACUGGUGAAAAACCCUAUAAAUGUAAAGUAUGUGGUAAAGCCUUUACUAAGAGCUCACAACUUUUUCAACAUGUAAGAAUUCAUACAGGUGAGAAACCCUAUGCAUGUAAGGAAUGUGGCAAAGCCUUUACUCAGAGUUCAAAGCUUGUUCAGCAUCAGAGAAUUCAUACUGGCGAGAAACCCUAUGAAUGCAAGGAAUGUGGGAAAGCCUUUAGUAGUGGUUCAGCACUUACUAAUCAUGAGAGAAUUCACACUGGUGAGAAACCCUAUAAUUGUAAGGAAUGUGGGAAGGCCUUUACUCAGAGCUCACAACUUCAUCAACAUCAGAGAAUUCAUGCUGGUGAGAAACCCUUUGAAUGUCUUCAAUGUGGGAAAGCCUUUACUCAGAAUUCACAACUUUUUCAACAUCAGAGAAUUCAUACAGAUGAAAAACCAUAUGAAUGUAAUGAAUGUGGAAAGGCCUUUAAUAAAUGCUCAAACCUUACUCGGCACCUGAGAAUUCAUACUGGUGAAAAACCCUAUAACUGUAAGGAAUGUGGGAAGGCAUUUAGUAGUGGCUCAGACCUCAUUCGUCAUCGGGGAGUUCAUACUGAUGGAUAAUAAAAGUUAAAGUUCUCCCACCUUCCAGAUAUUUUAAAUGAAAAAUUUAUGUUUGAUAGUAACCUUCUUUCACUAUUUUUAAAGCUGUCUCAAAUUUUUAUUUUAUGUUUCAGUUUUGUUGUUGUUAGGUGCUGUCAGGUCGGCUCCAACUCAUAACAACCCCAUAUACAAAAGAAUGAAGUACCGCCCAGUCCAGUGCCAUCCUCACAAUCGUUGUUAUGCUUGAGCCCA